AUGGCAGGCCACCCUCGCCAGCAGCAGCUCUCCAGGCUGCACAUUCCGCCCAAUCUCAACGCCCAGCAGCCCGUUAGCUUCGACAACCACGGGCACCUCUUCUCACCUGGCCUGCCGACGUCUAUUCAGCAAGGAAUGCAUCCACCGCCCUUCAUGAACGGGGUGAACCCGUUGCAAACACCGAUGCAGGUCAACUUCUUCCCCAGCCCCCGCCUGCACCUGGUCGACCAUCCAUGCACCGAAGCUCACCGAGCGUUGUACAUCUCGCCGCGGCAGCCGGGCUUCCCCACACCACUUCUCGGAGUGCCAUCGUUUCCGCAGCCUUUUGUUCCUCGCAGCAAACGCGCCCCAAGCAUAAGUGCAGGCGGACCACCAAAAGCCGUGCUCGGGGGUCCCCAGCGCAAGGUGAGCCCGAACCCGCGCGCCCCCAGCAUACCCCAGCCUGCACCGGCGACCAAAGUGAAGAAGCAUAUCGUGAACCUCCCCAAGGAGACCGUCCCGGGCGAGGGUGACGCGCCAUCAACGCGUCAGUCAUGGGCCAGGAAACCUCUCCCGCUGUCAGACGUCCCCGAACAAGUCGAGGUGGCAUACCCUGAUCUGAGGACCGUGGAGCCGUACCCGCCAGAUAACUGGAGACAUCAUCUACCAAGCACGGUUGAUGUCUUCCUUCCUGGAAAGGGUGCCUGGGCAGAGAUCAAGCAGAAGAUCAUCGAGGAGAAACUGGAGAAACUCGGCGUCGAGCGAGGCGGGGUGGCUCCGUGCCUCAGAUUCAUGCCCCGCAUGCUCGGGCUGCAUCGGUGCAUCUCCUCGCCCGCCGAUCCUGCGCUGCUCAUGUUUAAAUUAAACAAGCUUCAGCAGUCGCAGAAUGCGUCUGCGUCGACUUCGUUGGCGACUUCCCCACAGCCUCCAGUACCUCUGGCGUCGACGUCUCCCGGUCAGCUGCCGCCCCGCUUCCAAGGGAGGCAUGGACACAGUAUGUCGCUCGCGCAGCCGCCUUCUUUCCAGUCCCAUUCGCCUGUAUACAAUCCCGCGUCAGCAUUCAAUCCUUUCGGACCUGGUGCGAUUCUAGGUUCCGAUCAGAUUCAGCGCGUAUCACCGGGACCUGCGAAGUUGGACAUCCAGGCACCACAGGGACGUGUUCCAGCGAAUUUCGCCACCCUUGCGCCUCCGCCGGCGCUCUCCAGGCCAGAGAGUGCGCCUGACUUCAUGCGUGGAUUCGGCGUAAACAUCCCGGAAGAAGAGGAGCCAGAAGAGGAACGACCAGCACUCAUAGAGAUUCGCGAGGACGGCGUCGAGACAGAGGUGGAAGAUGCCGGCAACGAGGAGGAAGAUCAGGACGGUGUGAGUACCGUGGCGCAGAGUCGUAUUCAUUCUCGGCAUGUGUCCAAAUUAUCUGCGGCGCUCUCGUUGCGCUCGGUGGGCGGCAUUAUCGAUGAUGGGUCGUCCACGUUCGUGGACACCCAGCGCGACCCGAUACCUGCCCGCAGCCCGGAUGGCAGCCCGGUGGUGGAGGACAUAGAUGAAUAUGCGGAACAUGACCAAGACGCAGUCGGUGAAUGGACGGGGUCGGAAGAUUUACGCACCGGCGCAGAGACUUCAGAGGACGAGAGCAUCGGGGAAUGGUCGAAUCCGUCUGAUGAAGAGCGGGCACGCCAACACCGCGUGCAGCGUCGCAUGCUUCGCCGCCAGAGACGGCACUCGCAACACGAAAUCGAGACGCAUACACCGAGGAGGUUACCCAACUUCCCAAGACCACCCGAAAUCGCACCUACCUUCGUUGACCAGGACGAUAUUGUGUCAAAUCCGAGCGAAGAAGAGAGUGGGCGUGGCUCAUUCGGUUAUGUGAACCGUGGUCAUUUCCCUAGACCAUCGUCUGGCGGCCAUGGACGACCUCUGCCUCCUCUCCCGGAAGUGCGUCCCGGAUCGGCACCCUACUCAUAUCAUGAUCCUGCAUUGGCACAUUCGAGGGGAGCGUCUGAGCAAUACGCACAGCCCGGAGGCUUGCACCCCCCUCCCGCGCCGUCGGCCCUCGCACCUGCACCUCGUUCCGAAUCGUUGAAUCCCUUGGCGAAGCCCUUCGUCUUCGGUGCCAACCGUCAGUCAGGCUCUUGGUCCUCGACUGCGUUCCAGCCACCCGUUGUCACUACGCCGAAGUUGGGCCAUGCCCGUGCGCCGUCAUUUGGCAAGCCCCUCAGCGCCGCUGCCCCAGAGUUCAAACCGACCUUCACUUUCAGGCCACCGCCUGCCUCCUCGGCCGUUGCCCACACCCCCGCUGUAGGCACUGCGACUCCGAGCAAAGCCGCUCCUCGGGAGUUCCAGGGCAGGGAGAAGAGACAGCGCCGAGGCUCGAGUGCUACGCUUGACGGAGAGGACGAGGACGGCGUCAACAAUAUGUCGUCGUUUAGAUUCCCUCCUGACAUCACCAAGGCAGUCUCUGCGCCCACUAGCCCGCCUGCUAGCUCUCUGAGUCUCAAGGAGAGCGCCCUUAAUGCUACCGCGAAGCCCUUCACGGUCUCCGGUUACUCGGGCACCCUUGAGCUGUCGCACCAGCCGAGGGCGCUCACUGAGGGAGACGAGAACGUACCUCCUUCGGCUGGUCCGAGCAGCGAACCAGAGGCUGCGCACGAGCUGCCGUUCCCGCCAACAAUGAAGCCCAAGCGUGCGCCGAUCCCACUCGACUUCAAGCACCCCGUCUCAACGAACACAGUUCCUGCAGUCCGCUCAAGACUCAGCUCGAGAGACAUCUUCGAGUACGAGCACAGCCCACGAACCUCCCUGGACGACCUCAACGUACCUCCGAUUUCCCAUAGAAUUUCCCGCGGCAACCGAUUAUUCACGGACCCCGGCUUGCGCGAGUCAACGCCUCCGCACGAUAUCUUCACCCCGAGAGGAUCCGAUGAGUCCGACUCUGGAUCGGACAUCUCCCUGCCUCCCGUCAACCUCUCGCGCCGCAUCGAGAUGCAGCAAUACGAGCAGCGCCUCGAGUACCUGCUGGAGGAGAAAUUCGACAUUAUUAAGCGCACGCUGUCGGGGUUCAAGGAGGCUGGUGGUCAGACGUUGAGUCCGUCGACGGAAGCAAUGAUCUCGGAGGUGGUGUCAUUGUUCCGCGCGCAGCUGCAGGCAUCCGCGGAGAGGGGUCUUGAGGACAGUCAGAUGGAUGCCCGGGGAGAGCUUGAUUUCGAGAUGAUGAAGGGCAUUAUUGACCAGAAACAUACCGAGGCGCGUGCCCUAAUCCAGCAGGAUCUUGCGCAGCUGUUCGCUUCCCGGGGUCGGGAUCCCGCGUUCAUGCAAUUUGCGGAGGAGUUGAGCAACAGGACUAUGAACGCCGUUGCAGGAGCCACCUCGCAGCUGAGCAUGCAACUGCAGGCGAUGGAGGCUAAUAGACCACCUUCCGACAGCCAGACGAUCGCACAUGAACUCAUGCGCGUGUUGAUGCCGCAGGUCGCCUCGCUCCGCCCCGAACCGAUCGACUAUGAAGGCCUCACGGCACAACUCACGCAGGCCGUCAAGCCUCACAUCUCACAACUCAUCGACCUCGCCUCGGACAAGCGCGAAACGGCCGUUCUUAUCGUGGACAUGCUCAGACCACUCUUGCCUUCUCUUGCAUCUCCUGCGCCCUCGAUCGAUGAGGAGUCUAUUGUAGGACGACUUACCACAGAAGUGCGCAAGAUCGUCGCUCCCCUCGAUGCACACGAGAUUAAGGAACAAGUUUCCGACCUGGUCGUGGAGCGCCUUGACUCGAGGCUUGCUGUUCGGGACCGCGCAUUUAAUGUUGAUACGCUGACAGACAGAGUUACGCAAAGCAUUGCCGAGGUCAUGGCGCCUAUCCGUGAGCUCCAGGCAGUGGUCCAUUCCCUGGGACGGAAGACGCCUCAGAUCCAUGCCAUUCCGCAGGUGGAUUUGUCGUCCGUGCGUCGAGACAUACUAGGUGUCCUCUCCGAUCUUCCUCAGCGCCUUUUGGCCGCAACGGAGGCGCUUGGUAGUGCACAAGCAGAGUUUGCGACUCGGGCGGAAGCAGAGAAGGAUGCACCAUACGUCAAGAACCUGUCGCACAUCGAGUCGUCUGUGCGCGAUAUCGCCCGCGAGCAGCAGCGACUGAUCUCUCAGACACAAGAAUAUACCGACUUCUGCCAGGAUUUGGUCAAGCACAUCGACAACCUGCCGGAGGCCAUGCUCGAGGCUACGAGAAUUCUACAGAAUGCUCACGCCGACUUCACCGCUCGCGAUACAUCACAGAAGGACGCCGAGGAGAUUCGCCGACUCAUGUCUACGAGCGGUGAAUUGCAAGUGCAGCUUGCUAAAGCUCGUGGGGCGCAUGGGCAGGUUCGCGUGGAGAAAGACAUGCUUGCCGAGCGUCUCAAGGACACCGAGGCGAAUCGUGACCAUCUAUCUGCAAGGAUAGAGACCCUACAGGAGCAUGUCACAAGCAAGUCAUCCGAGCUUACCGCCGCAGAAGCCAAGAACGUCGAGCUUGAGGAGGCUCUGUCUCGUGCGCUUGAGCGACUGAAGGCCGCAGACGUGCAGGCACAGACGCAUUCCCAACGUAUCGCGCAGCUGGAGGCGUCGAAUAAGGAAUUCAGUACCGAGAGGCAGAAACUCGCUGCACAGGUCGACUCUCUUGAUUUGCGUGUCACCUUCGUCACGCGUGAGAAAGAGCUGGUUGUCGAUGAGCUGGCCAUGCAGCGCAAGCAAUAUGAUGAUCUCAUUGCUCAGCAGAGUAAUUGGGACGAUCUCCGUGCGGCAGCAGAGCAGAUCCAAGCGCUCACCAACCUUGUGGGCCAGGCGGAUACAGAGGAACUGAAGGAAUUGCGGCGCGCUCGAGAUCGUACCAGGACCCUUGAGAACGAGCAUACGGCCCUUCAGCGUCGUGUCAAAGAGUAUGAAACCAGGCUGUCUACAAGCGAGAAGGUCGCUCAAGCCUCGAAGCAAAGUCUUGUGCAGGCACAACAACGUGCUGUCGAAUGGGAGAGGCGCGCUAAGGAGGCCUCCAGUGAGCUGGAAUCAACGCAGCAGAAACUCGACAGCGCAGAAGAGGCUCGUGCGCAGCUUGAUGCCGACUACUCGCUUGCGAAGUUGCAAUUGGAGGAGCGUGACGCUGAGGAGCGGCUGGACAAGGAUCGCCAGAACAAGCUGCGCGACCAAAUCGCUGCCCUUGAAGCACAGGUUGCGCGUCUCCAGGCCGAGACGGAUCAGGCGAACAAAGCUGCUGCAGCUGCUAAAGUCGUCCAACCCAAAGCUCGCUACCAGAAUGGCAAUGGCAACGGCACCGCUCGCCCUCCAGCACGUUCAGACUCGCGCGCUAGCACUGUCUACAAUGACGAGGAUCGGUCGGUUACGCCGACCGGGCAGUACAUGAUCAAGAGCGAGCCUAUGCGCGCGCGCCCUGUCACGCCUCAACAGUCGGUGUGGGAUUCCAUACAUGCGCCUCGACGCGGUAUGCCAACUACGGCACCCGCCACACCGCAGGCGAAGAAGGCCCGUGGAUACUACCGUCCUCAGAUCCCGUCGCCCACCCCGAGCAACGUGUCGGCCGCGCCGACGCUAGGGGACGACGGCUGGUGGUCAUAG